GCAGCCAUGGAGAGGCCGGGAGGCGUCCCCGCGGCGGCUGCCCGGGCGCUGCUCUUGCUCUUCUUGCUCCUGGCCAAGGUGGCCCCGGGCGAGGGCGCGCCAGGGACGGGGCUGCUCAGCGGUCCUGCCGUCUGCCGGGGUGGAACGCAGCGCCCGUGCUACAAGAUCGUUUACUUGCACGAUGCUGCCCGCAGGGUCGGUUUUACAGAAGCCCUACAGGCCUGCCGAAGGGAUGGAGGAGAUUUGGUCAGUAUCGAAUCACAGUCUGAGCAGCAUCUUAUACAGAAGAUGAUUGGGACCUUUUCAGCAUCUGAUGGAGAUUUCUGGAUAGGACUUACCAGGCAGAAGGAUCCAGAUAACAGUACCGAAUGCCAGAACCUGUACUUCUGGAUUGAUGGGAGUGUGUCCACAUUUCGAAACUGGUAUGCAGAUGAGCCUUCUUGUGGAAGUGAAGUCUGCGUGGUGAUGUAUCACCAGCCUUCAGCACCUGCUGGCGAUGGGGGCCCUUACAUGUUUCAGUGGAACGAUGACAGAUGCAACAUAAGAAACAACUUCAUCUGCAAGUAUUCCCAGGAAAAGCUAACCAUUGUCCCCGAAAUGAACACCUCUCCAGCAGGGGUUGUGACGGAAUCCUUUACACUCACAUCUCUGGAAGGACCCAUUCAAGAAGACAUAACUAGCAAAAUCCUCAAAGAAACUAAAGAACCUGAUUGGAGCCUUGUGUACAUCCUAGUCUCCAGUAUUCCUGUACUGUUGCUGGUAUUGGUCAUCACAGCCAUUUUCUGCUUUUGUCUUUACACCAAAAGGAGACGGGAACAAACAGAGGUCAGCAAGAAGGAACACACCACCUGGGGGUCUCCUAAAAGGCAACCGAAAAGCCCCAGUCUGGAGAUAUAUAACGUCAUUAGAGGCCAGUCCGAAGCCGAUCUCGCCGGCACCAGACCGGACAUAAAGAAUACUUCUUUCCGCAUCCGUUGUGGAGAAGAGACUCCUGAUGAGCUCUCUGGAGACUAUGACAACAUGGCCAUCAAUGCUUCAGAGAGUGGUUUUGUGACGUUGGCUAGCAUGGAAAGUGGCUUUGUUACCAAUGAUAUCUACGAGCUGUGCAACGACAGAGUUGGGAAAAGCAAAGAAUCAACCUGGGUAGAAAAUGAAAUCUAUGGAUAUUAAAGCAGACGGUGCCUGCAAUGCCAAGCAAAAUGGCCCAACCCUGGCCUCCAUACAGACUAGCCCCUUGUAUGCAGUGGAAUUUUUUCUACAUUCAACCAUCCUGAUGCUUAUUUCCUGAAUCUGAAACUUGAGGGAAGGUGUGUUUAUAUAUGUACAAAGAGCUCCUUAUCCAGCCAAGGAAAUGGCCUUGUGCAGUCUUAGUGUCAUCCCUUAUCAGAUGUACAAUCUCUUCCAAUAUUUUGCUUUCCGCCCCUAUUUCUGAAUCUUAACAGCACGCACAUACAUCCCAACUAAUUAGGCUAAUUACCUAAUCCCAGAUGGUGUUUGUGAGUUACUGUGGUGUUUUUUCCCCUCACCACCACAGUUAAAAAUGCUGUGUCUCUUGCCACCUGGAUAGAUCAGCUGCUUCGUUCCAGUCUUUACCUGUGUUGUCCUUCUGAGAACCAGCCAUUUUUAUACCAGGAAAGGUUUUUUUCCCCACAACUGUUGGUUUCUGAUCAUCUUCUCUACAGCAUCUGUUUUUGCAGAAAGCGGUUGACUUUCUUUCCUCCAGUUCUCUCAUCACACGACAUUGAAAUACAUGCUGUCCAAACCCUUUAAAAUGUUAAAUAUACAACACACUUUUAAAAAAAUCACUCCAAGGAGCCAAAAUAUAAAGACUCUAUGCAGACAAUAGAUUUAUGACAGGAGCUGCUGCAUCACCUAACUCAUCGCUUCAGAAAUGUACUGCAGAAGCUAAAAGAAAAUGAGGAAAACCUGCAUCUGGGGAGGGGGAACCCUACCCAAGAAAGUACUUUUUGAGUGGCCUUACAUGCUGUUGCUGCUCAACAGAUUCUGGGUCAAGUUUACUUGUAUUCCUGGAUAAAAAGCUUAAAUGCUGGUCACUUAAUUUUGGAGGAAACCAGUAAGCACCUACGGUCACAUUUUUUGACACUUUUACUCUUUGAGCUACUGGCAAAAAUGGUUAAGUUUGGCACAGUGAAGUUUCUAUAAGUCCCAAAGUGGGGUGAAUUGCUGCAAAAGGAUUCAAAAGCAACUGGAAAGACUCUAGCACCGGCUACAUACACAAUUGAUGGAGGCAGCUAGAAGCAAAGGGUCCUGAAUCUUUCUGAAUGCUUCACGUCAGAGCUUAGCACCCAGAUCCUGGGUUUCUGCUGCCUAACGGUAUACUUGCGAGUGAUGGGCUUGGUGGCAUGAGACGUAAUUCUUCUUUGUUAUGGAACAUCCAACAGAUUGUCCUUUAAAUUCAGCUUUGUUUUGUUUUUUGUUUAUUUUAAAACCAUGGGCCUUAAGUGUGAGAUUUUAACUUUGGCCUGGACAUGACCCAAGCUGGACAAGACCUCAACCAGCGCCAAGAGCAAGUCUGAUUUUAUCUCUUGGAAGCACAAUAUAAGGUGGGAGAAAGAAAAUGCAGAAAAUGUAAUACCAUUCCCUUUGUAGUUGAUUUGAGUUUCUGCCUCCCACGAUGUUGGCAAGGUCACAUUUAGAGGCAGGAAUAAAAGAAUGAAGGCUAUAUAACUGACACCCAUUUCUUGACUGUUGAGAUUUGUGAAGCCAUCAUGUUGAAUGCCAUACUGUUAUUCUUGGAAAUGAUCACACCCAGACAACCACUGCAUUUUCUGUUGCCCUGUUUAACGUUUGAUGCUUGGACACUUGCAAUUUCCAGUUGGUGUGCUAUGGCUGCCUACACUACUAGCCCAAGGAAGAAGUUGUGAGUCAAAGUAAGACAGAGAAAUAUUUGUAUGUAUCCUGUUGUAUUCUUUGACACACAAGAGAUGAAAAACAGAAAACAGGAAAAAGUAGCCCUGCGAUCCAUGAAUGGAAAAAAAUUAAGAAGC